CACACACACACACACACACACACCCUCUCUCUCACAUGCUCCCUUCUCUCUCUAUCUCUCUGACUGAAACGAUAACUGAGGCAGCACUGGCACAUGCAACAGGGUGCGGGAGGCAAACUCAUCUCGUCCCCCCCCCCUUUCUCAUGAAGAGGAGGGGAAUGAGGAGAGGAAGAAGAAGCAAGAGCGGGAUGCUCUAACACCCCAAGCCAGUUUCAGAGAAAGAAUUAACAGUUAAAGGUGUAAGCUCGCUUUUCAGAACGAUUCCAGAUUCCGGUUCCAACUGCAGCCCGCCGUUCAGGGCCAUGACCAAGCGCAAGUGGGAAGGGAGAAGAGAGGGCUUCAGGGUGAACACCACCCGUGAGGAGGCGCAAGGUCCGGGCCGCCCCACCAGCAGGGGGCGCUUCUCUGAGUCCUGGAAGAGGCUGAGCUCCAGACAGGGGUCCACCAAGAGGUCAGGACUGGCAGCACAGCAAGCGGCGGCUCAGAAAUCGUGGAUCGAGCGAGUCUUCAGCAAAAGAGAAUGUGUGCACAUCAUCGUCAGCACCAAAGAUCCCCAUAGGUGCUGCUGUGGCCGUCUCAUCGGCCAGCACGUGGGCCUGCCCCCCAGCAUCUCGUCCAAUCAGAAUGACAGAUCAGAGCGCACGCUGAAGAGUGACAGCCUGCCUGAAAAAUGGUCCAUCAGCAAACACACGCAGCUGAGUCCCACCGACGCAUUCGGCACCAUCGAGUUCCAGGGAGGAGGCCACUCCAACAAAGCCAUGUAUGUGCGUGUGUCGUAUGACACCAAAGCUGACCUGCUGCUGCACCUCAUGACUAAAGAGUGGCAGCUGGAACUUCCUAAACUUCUCAUAUCUGUGCACGGAGGCUUGCAGAACUUCGAGCUGCAGCCCAAACUCAAGCAGGUGUUCGGGAAGGGCCUGAUUAAAGCUGCCAUGACAACCGGAGCCUGGAUCUUCACCGGUGGAGUCAACACCGGGGUUAUCAGACACGUAGGUGAUGCUCUGAAAGACCACGCCUCCAAAUCCCGGGGCAAAAUCUGCACCAUCGGGAUUGCCCCCUGGGGUAUAGUAGAAAACCAGGAGGACCUCGUGGGGAAAGACGUGGUCCGGCCAUACCAGACCAUGUCGAAUCCUUUGAGUAAGCUGACGGUCCUGAACAGCCUGCACUCACACUUCAUCCUAGCUGAUAACGGCACCACGGGCAAGUACGGUGCCGAGGUUAAGCUUCGCCGCCAGCUGGAGAAACACAUCUCUCUGCAGAAGAUCAACACACGGAUCGGGCAAGGGGUGCCUGUGGUGGCGCUGAUCGUCGAGGGCGGCCCUAAUGUUAUCUCCAUCGUGCUGGAGUACCUGAGGGACACGCCGCCCGUGCCUGUGGUGGUGUGUGACGGCAGCGGCCGAGCGUCCGACAUCCUGGCUUUCGGCCACAAGUACUCCGAGGAGGGAGGGCUGAUAAACGAGUCUCUGCGGGACCAGCUGCUCGUCACCAUCCAGAAGACGUUCACGUAUAGUCGCACACAGGCUCAGCACCUCUUCAUCACCCUCAUGGAGUGUAUGAAGAAGAAAGAGCUGAUCACAGUGUUUCGGAUGGGUUCAGAGGGACACCAGGACAUUGACCUGGCUAUCCUCACAGCUUUACUAAAAGGUGCCAAUGCUUCAGCUCCUGACCAGCUGAGCCUGGCAUUGGCCUGGAACCGUGUGGACAUUGCCCGUAGCCAGAUAUUCAUCUAUGGACAGCAAUGGCCCGUGGGCUCUCUUGAGCAGGCCAUGCUGGAUGCCUUGGUGCUGGACCGUGUGGACUUUGUGAAGCUGCUGAUUGAGAAUGGCGUGAGCAUGCAUCGGUUCCUCACGCUCUCGCGGCUAGAGGAGCUCUACAACACGAGGCAUGGACCAUCCAACACACUCUAUCAUCUUGUACGAGAUGUUAAAAAGGGCAACCUGCCACCUGACUACCGAAUCAGCCUGAUUGACAUUGGAUUAGUCAUUGAAUACCUAAUGGGAGGAGCCUAUCGUUGCAACUACACACGGAAAAGAUUCCGAACGCUGUACCACAACUUGUUCGGGCCUAAGAGGCCAAAAGCCCUGAAGCUGCUUGGAAUGGAGGAUGACAUGCCAAUCCGACGAGGGCGGCAGAAGACAACGAGGAAAAAAGAGGAGGAGGUGGACAUUGAUCUGGACGACCCUGAAAUCAACCACUUCCCUUUCCCCUUCCAUGAGCUGAUGGUGUGGGCAGUGCUGAUGAAGAGGCAGAAGAUGGCACUGUUCUUCUGGCAGCAUGGCGAGGAAGCCAUGGCCAAAGCGUUGGUGGCAUGCAAGCUGUGCAAGGCCAUGGCUCAUGAAGCCUCGGAGAAUGACAUGGUGGACGACAUCUCUCAGGAGCUCAACCAUAACUCCAGGGAGUUUGGGCAGCUGGCGGUGGAGCUCCUGGACCAGUCCUACAAGCAGGAUGAGCAGAUGGCCAUGAAGCUGCUUACCUAUGAGCUGAAGAACUGGAGCAACGCCACCUGUUUGCAGCUGGCUGUGGCCGCCAAGCAUCGUGACUUCAUCGCCCACACCUGCAGCCAGAUGUUGCUCACUGACAUGUGGAUGGGGCGGCUUCGCAUGCGUAAAAACUCUGGCCUCAAGGUGAUUCUGGGCCUACUGCUGCCUCCUUCCAUCCUGAGUCUGGAGUUUAAGAACAAGGAUGAGAUGUCAUACAUGCCUCAGGAGCAGGAGGCCUACCUGCAGGAGAAGGAUUCAGAUGAGGCUGACAAGCCAGCCAAGGACAAGGACGACGAGGACAUGGAGUUCACCGUAAGAGCAUACUGUGAGGCGCAGUACAACUCCGUGGCUAUGCUGGGGAAUGUGAGCUCAGAAGUGUCUCGGAAAAAGGAAGUGGAGGAGGCCCAGAAUCGCCAUCGCCUAAUUCCAUUGGGCCGCAAGAUCUACGAGUUUUACAACGCCCCCAUUGUCAAAUUCUGGUUCCAUACGAUGGCCUAUGUGGGCUACCUAAUGCUCUUCAACUACAUCGUGCUGGUAAAAAUGGACCUCUGGCCUUCUUCUCAGGAGUGGAUCGUGAUCGCCUACAUUUUCACCAACGGCAUUGAGAAGAUGAGGGAGAUCCUGAUGUCAGAGCCUGGCAAACUGCUGCAGAAAGUAAAAGUAUGGCUGCAGGAGUACUGGAACGUCACAGACCUCAUGGCUAUUCUUAUCUUCUCCAUUGGCAUGGUGCUCCGUCUUCAGGAGCCGCCUCUCAUGAGCUAUGGUCGGGUCAUCUACUGCGUCAACAUCAUCUACUGGUACAUCCGCCUGCUUGACAUCUUCGGGGUAAACAAAUACCUCGGACCCUACGUAAUGAUGAUUGGCAAGAUGAUGAUUGACAUGAUGUAUUUUGUGAUCAUCAUGUUGGUGGUGCUGAUGAGUUUCGGUGUGGCACGUCAAGCCAUCCUGAACCCUAAUGAGGAUCCAUCAUGGAUGCUGGCUCGCAAUAUCUUCUUCAUGCCCUACUGGAUGAUCUAUGGAGAAGUCUUCGCCGACCAAAUCGACCCACCAUGUGGGCAGAACAUCACCGCAGAGGACGGUACUAUUGUGUCCCAGCCUCCAUGUAAGACCGGCGCGUGGAUUGUGCCUGCCAUCAUGGCCUGCUACUUGCUAGUUGCCAACAUUCUUCUGGUCAAUCUCCUCAUUGCUGUCUUCAACAAUACGUUCUUCGAGGUGAAGUCCAUCUCCAAUCAGGUGUGGAAAUUUCAGCGCUAUCAACUAAUUAUGACAUUUCAUGAGCGCCCUGUUCUUCCUCCUCCUCUCAUCAUCUUCAGUCACAUGACCAUGGUCCUCAAGCAUCUGUGCUGUCGCUGGAGGAAGCAUGAUGAUGAUGAACGGGACUUUGGAUUAAAGCUCUUCAUCACAGAAGACGAGCUGAAAAAAGUCCAUGAUUUUGAAGAGCAGUGCAUCGAAGAAUACUUCCGAGAAAAGGAUGAUCGCUUCAACUCUUCCAACGAUGAGAGGAUCCGAGUAACAUCUGAAAGGGUGGAAAACAUGGCAAUGAGGCUGGAGGAGGUAAACGAGCGGGAGCACUUCAUGAAGGCCUCAUUGCAGACUGUGGACAUUCGGCUGGCACAGAUGGAGGAACUGAUUGCCCGCAUGGCUGCGGCUCUGGAGCGAUUUACAGGUGUGGAGAGGACUGACGUGAACAAAGCACAUUCGAGAACGUCGUCAGACUGCACUGACACUAACUAUAUCCUCCGUCAGAGCAGUUUCAACAGCCAGGAGGGAAACGCCUACCGGCUGCAAGAGUCUAUGGAACAGGGUGGGGAGGAGUCCAUUUCUCCAACUUCACCCACCACUCUGGCACCAAGGGUGAGGAGUCACUCCUUCUACAUAGGCCAUUCAUCCCGAGACAGGUGUGGGACAGACCGAGUUGAGGGAUUUUUCAAGGAGCGCUCUUUGAGCUUACACCGUGCCAAUAGCUCACAGUCAGUCGCGUCAGGAGCUGCCCAAAAAGAGUGCAAACCUGCCCCUCUGAAUACGCUGUCUGUACAACAACAGCACCGACCCUCAUCUUGCAUCGAUAUAUAUGUGUCCACAACAGAGGAGGCAGAGCCCCAAGAGAGCUUCCUGGAACCAGUUCGAAUGGCUCAGACUCUUGCUCGAGACCCAUCCCUCCAUUCCGAGAUCAUGGAGGCAGUGCUGUCUGGGGAACGGGACUACCAUGGUAGGGCAGGGGUUAGUGAAAGACAGUCAGAUGGCACUGUCUUAUUCGAGGACAGCGUUGCCACCGACCUGCCACUGUGCACCACCCACAUACCACCAGAUGCCCUGCCCCCAUGGGACAUAGAGCCAUCCCCUCCACCCUCGGCAGGCAUCCUUGAGCGCUCCAAGAGCAGCCGCUUUUUAUCAGCGGCUGGACCCAUGUUCUUGGAUGAGGCCCAAAUGGUGAAGUCCCACAGCCUCAUGUUCAUGCCACGCACCUACUAUGGUGGCAUAGGCAUGCAAGUAAAGGCAGCCGAGUACACCAGCAUCACAGACUGCAUCGACACACGCUGUGUCUCGACAUCAUACCCAGUGCCCGAGCGUUCAGAUUCACCUGGGGGCUCAUUCACCUUUGAGAAGCCCCAGGAAUUGUGUGCCUCACACCCAGAGCGUGAUGCUGAGCUGAGCCACGCUGAGUCUGACCAUGAAGAGCCCACCGAGGGCUCAGCUGAGACCAGCAAGCCCUGUUCCAGUGGAGGUGGUGGUAUCGGGGUUGAUUUGGCCAUGGGUUUAGCCCUGGGCCCCUUCUGUUCUCCAGCCUCCAGACUAGAACGAGCCAAUAGCUGCUCCUCAUCAGAGGACUCCCAUUCUAAUGUCUAUGCCCGAAAGAGCUUUUCCAUCAGUGAACGCAUGGACAAAGGACGUGCCAGGAAUCCAUUCCAGAGGAGCAAGUCUGGUAUAAGGCCUGACAGCAAGACAGACACACUCUCCUUGAGGAGACUAGCCAAGCCGUCAGCCUUCCAAAGCUUUGAUGGCAGGCACAACUAUACGUGAUGGUGGAGGAGAUUAAGUGGAAAGGGCAGAAGACAUUGUGGAUCUCCUGUAGUAUGCAUAGAAUGGGAAAGGAAUUUUAAAACUUAUCUGAUGUCCAAAGGCCUGUCCAAUAAGCAGUUAGCACUGUCUGGGUGAAUUAUGUGCUCUACAUUGUAAUGAUUUGUCCUGGAUAGCAAACUAGCACACUAUGACACCUUUAGCACCAUAGUACAAAUCUGGUUUACAGUGUUGCCAUUUGGCAAAAAUAGUUUGCAGUCUUUUUGAACUGGUAAUGCCUAAUGUUCAUUCCUUUCUGUGAGUUCAGGUGGAAAUAGAAUAGGGGAAUAUGUAUCCAAUGAACAGACUUGAAAUAUAUAGAGAGAGGGUAUUCCCAUUAAUAAGUAGGUUAGCAAGCCAUGUUUUAAACGUAUUAAGUUUCCCUCUCCCUACUUUAAUCACCCCAAACCACUUGUCUUAAUCUUUUGAGUUUGACUAUCCAUGUUGUAGUCACUUUACCAAUGUAGGAGUCGUGAGUUUAAAUUCAAAUCAAAUAAAAAGACAAAGGGAAAUAUUUUAAGAGCCGGGCAGAUGUGAGAAGACAUUCAACAUUUGUUGUAUAUAAUUAGCUUCAUCUUUUAUCUUGGACACACAUGCAUAGACAUGCUUAUUAUACAAAAAAAAAUUGCACAUAUAUUUUCUCAGAUGUCUAUUGUAGAUUUAAAAAAAAGGUUUUAUCAUGAAAAUAUACAUUUUAUUCAACCUUUGAGACAUUUGCUCUUAGAUACCCAUAUGGUGCAAGUGCAACCAGUGCUUUCCCGGUGUACAUUUGUAGGACUUGAAGGACCUACCCCUACUUCAUUUCAGGUUCUUCACAAUAUCUCUUGGUCACAUGUGUGGACCAUAGUUAGUUCAAUGUCACAUGUCUAGCACAUGGUCCGUUCAAACACAGUCUAACACAUGGUACAUGUGUUCAUUAGAAUAAAAUAGGGUUGGCCUUCACUCAGCACUAUUUUACAUCUCAAAUCAUUUAAAAAAACAAAGUAAUAAUCAUGUGACUCGUAAAUCGUGAUUUUGAAAGUGAGCUCAUGGGAACAGCUGGAGUUUCAAUCAUUAGAGAACCAAGCAAUCACAAGUAAUCACACUUCGGCGGCUUGUUUAAGACAUUUCGUCAGAAGGAAAGGACCUGAUCGGUUGGUCGUUGUUGUUUUUGACACUACCAAGAUUAUUGAUGUAGACUUGCUAUGCAAGAGGCCAGG